ACAACAGAUCCGUUGUGUUCGGCGUAUAAAGUUUGGCAUCACUGCACAAACUUGUCAUGUGGGUUUCAUCCACAUGUCAGCGAAAUGAUUCGAUUUGAACGUCGGCAGCUUCAGCUGCUGGAGAAGUGAAAGAAACGACAGACGGCACACUCUGAGCUUAGUCAUGACGGUUAAAGUAGGCCACUUCUAAUAAUAACACAGACCACCGAGGACCCUGCAAAACAAAAACAUGGAGGCAACACGCUAGAGAAAUCAAGGACACGUACUCACACCAACAGAAAUGGAGGACCUUGAGGAGGAAGGCGUUAAUGAAGAGCUGAUUGAGUUUGCCAUUCUGGAGAGCAUUCAAGAUGCCUUCAGGCUGCGGUGUUCAGCGCCAGCACACUGGAAACAGCCAAACAGUGAAAACUUUAUGAAGAUAAUGACGGCGAUAGAUGGAGGUGAUGUAGCUGCACUGCAGGUGCUGUCGUGCUGCGCGUCUGCCUUCGGAGAGAGCGACAGCAGGGGCUGGCUUCCUCUGCAUGCAGCAGCUGCUCUGCCAAAGACAGAAAUGCUGCAUGUGGUGCUGCAGGUAAUGGCAUCCAUGGACGCGACACUAGAAGAGCAGACGAAGGACGGGGACACGGCGUUGACGCUGGCAGCAGAAGCUAACCAAGUGGAAAACAUCAAGCUGCUGCUGCGGCACGGAGCCUCGCCGCACAACACAAACAGCAGGAAUGAAUCUCCUCUGCUCCUCGCAGUGAGACAGAGUUCAUAUGACGGCGUUCAUUCCCUCAUCCUGGGCGGGGCCUUCGUGGAGCAGGUGUGUCUCACGAAGUGGACAGCGACUCAUGAAGCUGCAAAGGUGGGAUGUCCAGCUAUUCUGAUGCUGCUGCUUCGCCACGGAGCCCAGGUCACCGUCAGAGACGGUCAUGGUGUGACCGCUAUGGGAAUUGCAGCGGAGCACGGCCGGACCGAAGCCCUAGAAAUACUUAUACAGCACGGGGGAGAUGUGAACGCCCGGGCCAGCAAUGGGGACACGGUCGUGUACGACGCGUCCGGGUCGGGGAACCUGGACUGUGUCAAGCUCCUUCUGCAGCACGGAGCCAACCCAAACGUGGCCAGCUACGCCUGUCAGCUGCCCAUCCACAGGGCUGCGUAUGAAGGACACACGCUAGUCCUAAGAACUCUGAUCCCUGUCACCACAAAGAGAGCGAUCCGUCUCUCAGGCCAGAGCCCGGUCCACUCUGCUGCUGAUGGGGGUCAGACUGAAUGUCUCGAGCUCCUCAUCCAGAAUGGUUUUGACAUCAACACACAGCUAGAUAAACACAUCUCCGAGAACUAUGGCGACCUGAGGAAGACUCCUCUGUACUUUGCCGUCUCCAACGGCGACGUGACCGGUGCUGAGAUCUUGCUGAAAGCUGGAGCAAGAACAGACCUGGACCCUCUGCGAUGCAUCUUGGUAGCUGUUCGGGCAGAGAGGUAUGAGUUGGUGAAGCUGCUGCUGUCCUACGGAGCCGAGGUGAACUGUUAUUUCAGAGUGAUCAACAACACUGCGUUCCCCACUGCGCUCUACUACUGCCUCAGAGACCACGACAUGCUGCGAUUGCUGCUCAACAGCGGCUAUCAGGCUCACAAAUGCUUUCAGUGCUUCCACAAUGAGAGUGAAGACUUGGACAGUACCUGGACUGACCUCCACAACCAGGCCUACAAGAUUUACUGUCAGCCUAAUGUCAUUCCAUUCUGCGAGUUCGUGUCCGUGUCGUGGCUCGCCCAUCUGGCAGGCAGCGUCGUAAGGAUUCUUCUUGACUACGUCAGCCACAUCAGCAUCUGUACCAAACUGAAGCGCAUCCUGGAGAGGACUCCUGAGUGGGAGGAGAUUUCCGCCGUGCUGGGAGAACCUCGCCCCCUGCAGCACUUGUGCCGACUCGUGAUCAGGGGCAGAAUGAACAUCAGGAUGCUGAACGACCCGGAGGCCAUGGACGCUGCUCCUUUUCCUCCCAGACUGAUCGGCUACCUGACCUACAGGGCGGACGACCCGUACGGCGGACUCUAGUGGCAACAAGAUUCGAUUUGCAGUGACUAGCUAGGAAUUUUGUAAAUGUGUGCAUUUUGUGCAGUUUUCUUCUUUUUUUUUUUUUCAAAACUCCACAGUUUUUACCUAAAUCUACACGUUCCUGUAUUUAUACUGUUUAUAACAUUGUUGUAAAAGUUGCUAAAGUAGAACCAGAACAGAGGGAAAAUGCAUGCAUGAGAAAUAAAAUAAGCGAUAUCUGGUAAAUCUGCAAAUCAGUAAUCAAGUGACUGCAAAGCUAUUAGCCAGACAAUAUAGUGAAGCAGAUGAAACAAACUGCAGAAAAGGGCAACAGAAAUUGAGACAAAUCUGCAGAGGCAGAGGUAAAUCAGGAGAUAGAAAACAGCUGUGGGAAAGAGGAAACUGGAAAACCGAGGGAAUGUGAAUAAGCACUGGGACUGAUGGAAGCUACAAAUAAAGGAAUAACAUCCAUUAGGAGAAUCAGAACGUUUUGGUUGCAUGUAUUUCCAAACAAUAACUUAGCUAAUUACUGUUUUAAUCUAGAGGUACUCAAACAAUAAAAGAAAAAAUCUUGGCUUGGAUAACCCUGAUGCGUUAGCCAGAAAUACUACUGGAUGCUCCGGAUGCUUCGGCCGUCUUAAACCUCCAGUUCUCAGGUUUCCUGCAUACCUGCAAACCUGAAGAGGAAUCCAGAACCAGCUCGUUCCAGUGGUUUACAAGAACCUUAGAAAUGGUUUUGUAAACGUUUAACAAAUGUCAGAAACUUAGCUUCUCGCCUCUUGUUGAAUUUUUCUAGGCCAGGUGAUUAAUGCUCUGCUUUCUGAGAUCUUUUAACCUGUUUCAUGUUGCCAAACAGAUUAUACUUAGAUUAUUAUUUUUUUCUUUUCUCGUUUGACUAGUGAGACUGAACCAGAAAAUUUGACUGAUCACAGUUGACUCAUGAUUGAACAAGCAAAGUAUUUAGUUUUUCAAAUAGGAUCUGGUUGGUUUGGUUAGUUUGUCUGAAACCUUGAUUUAAUAUUAAUUUUUUUUUAAAUCUUUGAAAUAAGAAAAUGUGUUCAAUUAUCCGAAACAUGACAAAAAAGCUAAACCAAAAGAAAUCUGUAAACACAAACACUUUUUCACAGCACUGUACUUCCUUAGACUUAAUACCACAGAACGAAGAGUAUUUGCCUUUUGAACAUGUUCGAUGCUCACAGUUGCUAAUAAUGCUCAAGUGUUUGACAUGUACACUUUUGAACAGUGACUCCCAAAUAAAGCAAAAUGAAACAAUGGAUGGAUGGAUGG